AUGAAAGAUCGUCCUCGACAUCACGAACACGGGAUGCCCCUAGAAGAAGUACAGGGACUGCUUACGCCGUCCUCCAAAACAGGUAACCGGGGUCCAUUGAAUGUGACGAUCGUCCAGGUAGGCAGUGGCGGAAAUGGAAGUGGCAGAGGAAGCGAAUUUCUCGGGCUGGAAUCAAUGGCUGAAUUGAAGCCAACCCCUUCACCGCUGUCCGAGACCAGUGCGACUUUGCAAUCUGACAACAAUGAUACUUUUACUGGAGGUGUAGAUCCACGGCUGCUGCUUAGUAAUGUUCCGGGAGGUGUUUCCACUGAGGGCGAUCGUAACACGUGGGAGGGCCGAUAUCACGUAAAAGAACAUCGGCGAGCAGGCAAGGCGACUUUUCAAGGUCAAGUUUACAAUUUCCUGGAACGACCUACUGGCUGGAAGUGCUUCCUCUACCACUUUUCUGUGUAA